GUUUCUUGAAACUACAAGUAUGGAUUUGGAUCAAGCUUUCAAAAAUCAGGACAAAGAAAACAAGGGUCUUAUUGACCUGGAGGGCUUAUCGAGUGUUCUAAAACAGACAGGACACUCGAAUGAAUCUACAGUCGAUUUGUUGGCUUUGGUGGACCGCAUUAAACAAAGGACUGUAACAUUAGAUCAUGUUCGACGGAUCAUAGCGUAUUUGGAUGCGUCUGAAGAUACCAGAAAUGCAUUUCACCUUCUCGCUGGAUCAGAAAAACACGGUAUUACGCGCACUGCCCUCAAGGAAGCAUGCGAAAAACAUGAUAUUGAUCUGAGACAAAUGAACCGAAUGAUGGACGAGGCUGAUAAAAACCAAGAUGGACUUAUUGAUUUUGAAGAAUUCGAAGCUGUCUUUGACAAGGCGGGGGUGAGUGGAUAAUCAUGACCAACGUGCAACUUUAAAUGUUUAUGAAACAUGCAAUCAUAAUUUACUUCCACAUUCUCGAGUUGAUAUACUUAUAUGAUGAAUAUAUGCUAUAUAUUUACGUGUGUUUACCAUGCUUAUUGAAAUAUUGGAGUUUGUAUAUGUAUUUUAUAUAUUAUAAAACUAAAGAUCAUUCCACAGAUAAUUAUAUAGCUAUAUAUAUAAAUAAUUCUAAGAUCAUAAUAAAUAUACUUGUGUGU